UGGCCGCUCUUCAACCAAAACCAAGUGUUGAGCAGAGCAGAGAGCAGAGCAGCGAGUUCAUCAAAGAAGAAACAACGUGUCAUUGUUUCCACGACAACAGGAGAAAGGCUCAGCGCGGACAGACAUGGACAGUGUGCUGGACCCUUUCUCCGGACUCGACUCUUUCUCCUCCCCUCCGUACUUCGACGACGACGACUUCUUCACCGACCAGUCCUCCAGAGAUGGACACCUGGACACUGAUGACUUUUUGGAUGACGACGUCGACUUCCUCACCAAUCAUUUCCAAGAUUAUUACGGCAAAGACAGCGGCAACAGAGCAGCGCCUCACGAUGGAGACUACGACUACGGCAACCUGUCCUUCUCCUCCUCUUCCUCCACCUUCUCAUACAGCUGCGCCGACAGCACCCCGGAACUUUCCCCUCAGAUGGUCCACCGCGGUGUCCCGUUACUGAAACGGAGGCGGAGGAUGAGGUCGGAGGUGGAGAUGCAGCAGCUGAGGCAGGCGGCCAACGUCAGGGAGCGACGGAGGAUGCAGUCCAUCAACGACGCGUUCGAGGGGCUGCGCUCUCACAUCCCCACCCUGCCCUACGAGAAGAGGCUGUCCAAGGUGGACACCCUGCGGCUCGCCAUCGGCUACAUCAACUUCCUGGCCGAGCUCGUGCAGUCCGAUCUGCCCAUUAGAAACUCCAACAGCGAGACGCACGCGCAACCUAAGAAGGUCAUCAUAUGCCACAGAGGAACAAGGUCUCCCUCCCCCAGCGACCCGGACUAUGGCCUGCCUCCGCUGGCCGGUCACUCUCUGUCCUGGUCGGAUGAAAAGCAGCUCCGGGAACAGAACGUCAUCCGCACCGCCAAGGUCUGGACACCGGAAGACCCCAGAAAACUGCACAAUAAAGCGGGCCUGACAGACAUUGAAAAUGAGCCUCCCUUCGGCCUGGUGGCCUAAACACGAACACCAGUGCGCCGUGCACUUGAAAGACACACUGUAAUGUGAAGAUCUGCUUCCAUUUUCUGAUAUUGUACUCCACGUUGUAGCCGAAAUAGUUUUAUCAUGUUGAUAAUUUUGUUUUUGUAAUUCAGGCAACUGGCAAUCAUGUAUUUAUUUUUUCCACAAGUGAUAAUAUAUAUUUUAAUUUAACUGUAAUGAGAGAGAAAAUGUAUUUUUAUAUUGGUGUACAAUGAUAUGAUUUAUAUUUAUAUUCAGUCUGCAAAUAAAUGCACCUACACA